CUCUUGUUCAAAAUCGGAGGACGGUCGACAAAAGCGCAUAAAAAAAUAAUGACAUGGCUGACUGUGUCGUUAGUGUGUGCUUGGUCGUGCUUGUGUAACUAAAAAACCGCUAUUUUAGACUAAAAAGCAGUAUAAUCGAAUCUACACCUACAAAAAGCAACCAAACAGAAAAUCAAACACUACUCAUCAAUAUUGUUUCUUUACCAACCACAAUUAACGGGAAAAAUACUCAAAAAAAUAAAAAUCUUUCACCGAAACCAAGAAAUCGCGACAUUAAUCUUAGUGUUAUCGAGACAAAGCCUUAAAGAAAAAAAGAAAAUAUUCGUAAUGCAAUUGUGAUCUCCAACUUUAUUUUUUCAAUUUUUGUUUGAGAACAAAAAAAAAACAAGUGUUAAAAGGAAAAAAGUAUUGAGGAACAGAAGUUAUAACAAAACAACUCAGCACGCAUUUACGACAUCUUUUGGAACCAAGAAUUGAAGAAAAAAAGAUCAAGAAACAACCAUCGCCACCACAACCACCACCUCCAGAUCAGACCAGUUCAGACACACAGCCUGCCUGAAACAUUGAUUGAUAACAACAACCCAGUAGUAGCAGGAAGAAAGAGCGAAACAGCAGAAUCAGCCGAACAGUGUGGCGUGUGCCAGCAGCCACUUCUGCCCGGCAGCAGCAGCAGGAACAGCAACAACAACAACAGCGAACGGAACGAAAGAGCUAGAAGCUGGGCCAUCGAAUGUCAUUAGCAAGAACAUCAGUAGCAGCAGCCUAAAGGCCACUUAGAACAGCAUAAUAACAACAACAUCCUCCAAGAUAGCUCAGUGCAGACAAAGCAAAAGGCAAGUGUAUGAGUUGGGGACAAUUUUUCGCUAGAAACUAGAGAAACAAUUGUUUGUUGAACCACAGUGAAAAAAAUCAUUAAGGAUAACACCAAAAUUCUUCUUGUAAUCGAAAAGUGUAACGACUCACAAACGGAAGCCAAAAAAUUGCAUAGCAUCAACUAGUAUUGUACAACUCGGAUAGUGUACCCCAGUUCGCUCGUUUUCAUCAGCUUUGAGUUUCGUGAACUAUUCAUGUAUAAUUUCUCCUGGGACAGUUUGUUCCAAUCAUCGCCAUCACAGUAACGUAAACAGCAGCAACAACACAUCGGAAAAGAAGGUAAUUUUGAAGGACAAUAGUGACAAACGCAGAAGAAAACUACUACUACUACUACCAAGUACAAAGUAUCAGAAAAAAUAAGCAAAAACAAGGGAAAAGCAACACAUUUCGUUAAGUUAGUUUAUUUAAAGUAAUUGAAAGUACACGCUCGCAGUUACGGAGUUUUAGUUGGUUAAAUUGUGACUGUUUUGUAGCGAACGGUAAAACUUUUACUUCAGUGGGUGCGAAGAAGAAGCAAAAGGAAAAGAGACAAGAAGUGGAAAACUGAUAACAAUAAAACAGAAAGAAGGAUCCUGGUGGAAGCUUUUUUUUGUGGUGGAUACGCGGAAAAGGAAAAGUGAAACGUUUUAUAUAAGAGGAAGAAGGUGAACACUAUAGGAAAUAUUUAACAAAUCUAAAAGUCUAAAGCGGAAAACAAAAGAGAAAUUUAAAAUUCUGAAAUAAAAAAAAAGAAUACAAAUAAAACCAUUCUGUGAUAAAAUUUAAAAAAAUAAACAAGUAAACAAAAGUAAGCGUACGUUUAUUGAUGCAAAACUAAGUUUAAGCUAAAAAGUAAGUGAAAACCCCCAACCCUGCGAAGGGUGCCACACGAAAUACAACAUACUGAACAACCAACUGUAAGUGAAACAAAGAAGCAGAAGAAGAAAAAGAAACACCUCCUACCGUAGUCGGGUGCGAACCUGUGUGAAACGUAAAAAGACUAAGUGAAACAACCUAACAACAACAGCAACAGAACAAGCGAAAAAACAAGUGUAACCGGACAGUGAUUCCUUUUACAUAUAAAUAUAUACAAUACUGAUAACGCUAGCUUUUAUUUAUCGAAUUUCCUCUUGUUUUAUUCAACUGCUAUUUAAGUUUGAGUUUUUAAGUUUCUCUAUUUGAGUGAUCACAAGCAACAAGUGAAGAAACGGAGCUGUUUUUUAUUUUUCAAAAACCGUGUUGAUUCGUGUGAAUAAUUCUCGAAGCGAGAGGACAAGCAAAAAUAUGUGUAUGUUCUUCAAAGAAGAAUUGAAAACAAAUCUGAUAUAUUAUUGAAAUUACUAGUAAACGGCAAACACAACAAACAAACAAACAAACAAACAACACUAGUUAAGUGAGGCAAAUCGAAAGCGAAGAGAAGUGCCAGUAGACCAUUAAACUUUGGUGUGCUUUUUGUGGUAAUCAUCAUCUACAUCAUCACUCUAUACCUACGACAGCAGUAACUGAGCGCAAACUUUUCAAGAAGUGAUCUGAUCGCCUGGGAGACACUCGCAGAACUCUGCCUACAGAAAACGGACCCAAAGUGUUGUCGAAGAAGUUGUGUCCGUCUGGAGGAAGAAAGCGCGAAAGGAAGUCGUCAGAACGCAUCGAUCGCAGAUUCAUUUGGCCGAACAAAACGAACGCUGAAUACUACAUUUGGGAGAAGAAAAUAUCCGAUAAGGCUGAUUUGUGAAUAUAGAAACCAAAUUCAAAUAUUAUUACUAAUUAGUGAAAGAAGCAAGUAGAAAACAACCAUUUUUUCUUCGUCGUAAGUCAUUAUUAAGGAAAGCUACAUACUAGAAAGAAAUCUGCUACUAGUGGAAAUUUUAGUGUGAUUACAGUAGUAAACAAAAUAAGGAGCGUUGCUUUUGUUGUGUGCGAUCUGGAAAGAAAAGAAUAAAAAAUAAAUAAAAACUUCAACCGGGCACCGGUUCCAGAGACAGAUCAACCAAUGAGUGAACGCAGAAAGUGAAUUGACUCUCACACAAUCUGAGAUAUUUGCACCGACGCAGUGCUAGGAAGAGAUUCGAAGAAAAGUGGAAGUGAUUCUAGCCCCGGGAAGAGAGACCAAGCAACCACCGUCGCCGUUCCGUUUGGUGAUUGGAUCGAAAUUGAAGUCAAGUCCGACAGGAAGUAUCAAGUGAAUUCAAGAGAAACCAAAUCCGAGCAACAGCAAAAAAAAAGUGAUUAAGAACUCCGGAUAGAGGGCAAGCGAUCGUCGUUUCGAACAAGCAGCAAAAGUGAAUACACUGUCGCGUUCCCAACGAGCAACAGGGCCCAUUCCCGACGCACUAAUGAACAUGGGUAGCCAGACCAAACCUUUCCGCUCGGCCGAUGCUGGUCCAUUCAUGGACUACGUCGACUACGGUCAGCGGGACAUGUUCUUCGGCGGCCAGGGCAAUCCGUCCUCGGCUUCGCGGCCUCCGAUGACACCGUCGAACUCGUUCCCACCGAUCGGAACAUUCACGCUGGAUUCUGCCACCAUGGCGGCUCCCCAGAGCCAGAAUACGGUCUUUGGCGGUGGCGAUUCGAUGAGCGUUCUCGGAGGGUCCGGUAAUACCGGUACCAUUGGAGUGUUCAGCUCUAAUUCGGUUAUGUCCGGCAGUGGUAGCGGUGGCGGUAGUGGAAGCAAUGGCGGUCCUUCCGGCGGUAUUAGCGGUGGUAACUCAAGCAACUCGUACGGUGGAGGAAGUCAAUCCAAUAGUAACGGGGCCGACGCCAAUCAAGGAACCCGUGAAACCGGGAUCAUCGAAAAGUUGCUGCAUUCGUACGGGUUCAUCCAGUGCUGCGAGCGCCAGGCUAGGCUCUUCUUCCACUUUUCUCAGUUCGGUGGUACCAUCGAGCACCUGAAGAUUGGCGAUCCGGUUGAGUUCGAAAUGACGUACGAUCGUCGUACGGGAAAACCGAUCGCCAGUCAGGUGACCAAGAUUGCUCCGGAGGUGGUCCUGUCGGAGGAACGGGUCACCGGAACGGUUACCACCGAGCUGAAGACCGAAUUGUCGUUGGCCUCCUCGAGUGACACCACGACCGGUCGGAUCAGCUACGAAAACCGGGGCGAGUGCUUUUUCCUACCUUAUACCAAAGAUGAUGUCGAGGGAAAUGUAUGUCUGAGAGCUGGCGACAAGGUCAGCUUUCAGAUUGCCACCAAUCAAAGGGGCAACUUGGGAGCAUGCCAUAUUCGGCUGGAGAAUCCGGCUCAUCCGGUCAAGUAUCGCGGGGUGGUUUGCUCGAUGAAGGACACAUUCGGUUUUAUCGAGCGUGCGGAUGUGGUCAAGGAGAUCUUUUUCCACUUUUCCGAAACCGACAACACGAUCGAGCUGCGCCCGGGAGACGAUGUUGAGUUCAUCAUACAGACCAGAAAUCAGGGCAAAGAGGUUGCAUGCAACAUCGCCCGUCUCCCGCCGGGGUCGGUCAUUUUCGAGGACGUCGAUUCCACCAUCUACAAGGGCCAGGUGCUCAAGUCGCUCGAUCGCAAUAAUCAGCUGCGGCAACAGAACAACGAUCCGCUUCCCGGACGAAUUAGAUAUAGAGCUGCCGACCAUUCGGAAGUAGAAGUGCCAUUCGGGGACAAGGACCAGAAGGGUGACUUCACCCUGCGCCACGGUGACUGGGUGCAGUUCCUGUUGGCGACCGACCGCCGCGAUCAACUGCAGCGUGCGACGUCAAUUUCGCUGCUGGACGAAACCUUCCAGGUUUCCGGCGAGAAGCGCGAGCAAGGCGUUGUGGCUUCGCUCAAGGAAGGCUUCGGCUUUCUGCGCUGCGUUGAGCGUAACAUAAGACUGUUUUUCCACUUCACCGAGGUGUUGGAUACGAGUCGCGAGAUAUGCGUUGACGACGAGGUAGAAUUCACCGUAAUCCAGGAUCCUGGCUCGAGCUUUGCCAACACUCGCCAGAGUGCGAUUCGUAUCAAACACCUACCGACGGGAACGGUCAAGUUCGAAACCCUGAUUGAGAGCAACGUCGAGGGUAUCGUAUCGCGCGAGGCUCCCAAGAGCCCGAUCAAGUCGCAGGAACGUACCGAGGGUGGUGUCAUUUCCUACGGCCAAGGCCCCAACAAAAAGACUAUAAUGUAUUUCUUGAAAGAUUGUGAUAAAGCACCGCGUGUGGGUGAUAAAGUUAGAUUCAAUAUCUGUCAAGUUAAACGUAACAAAGAGUUGAUCGCUACUAACAUCCAGGAAAUCACUAACCAACUGCAGCACCAGACGUCGCUUAGCGGCGGCGACCAGCAGCAGGCUCUACAGCAACAACAGCAACCGCAACAAAUCCAGCUGGCUUCUCUGCACAACCUCCAGCAGCAACCUAACUCGCCGAGCGCUGGAAUGAACAACGGCAACCGCUUGAAUAGCACUUCGGCCAUGAUGAAGGCCAGUUACGCCAACGGCAACAUCAAGCCCGGCAAGGUUCACCAUGGUUUCAUUGCUGUAUUAAAGGAGAACUUUGGCUUCAUCGAAACAGUCGAGCACGAUCAGGAAGUAUUCUUCCACUUUAGCAACUUUAUCGGCAACACUAGUGCCCUCGAGCUCGGUAACGAGGUGGAGUAUUCGCUGUCGACGCGCAGUGCCGUCAAUGCUGGUAACUGCAUUCCGGCCGAAAAUGUGAAAAUCAUCCCGAAGGGUAGCAUCUCGCAACCGAAGGUACUGCCAGCCGUGUACAACGGUAUGGUUCUGCGUCCGCUUCGUUGCAUCAAUCCCGAUCAAUCGGAAUACUGUGGACUAGUGCAAGUGCGUGGCGAUGCCGGCGAAUCUAUAUCGACGCAUGAAUUCGGCAUCACCAGUCUGAAGAAUAAGCGAGAUCUGCUGCAGAAGGAUGAUAUGGUAACAUUUAAGGUCGAUGAACAGAACCGUGCCGUUGAGGUCACCUCGAUCCGUACUAAGAAGCAAGCCAAGGUCGACUCCGUGAAGGGUCUGUUCGGUUUUCUGGACUUUGAAGUCGAGGAAGGCAAGAAGCUGUUCUUCCAUAUGUCAGAAGUCCAGGGCGGCGGUUGUCUGUAUCCCGGCGAUUCGGUUGAAUUUUCCAUCGUUACUAACCAGCGCAACGGCAAAACAUCGGCCUGUAACAUGAUCAAGGUAGCGGACGCGAAUGGAGUGCGCGCCGAGCGGCUCCUAUCGCGUAUCAAGCUCAACUCUGUUGACGACAGCGGACCACGUUUGACAGUAACUCGUGCACCGAAAGGACCAGAUGGUACAAAAGGCUUCCAUAUUUCAGUCAGAGCUCCACGUUUAGUUGGAAUUUGCUUGGAAUGAACACUUUACACUAUUAUUAACUCAUAAUAACGCUAUAGUUUUUUUGUUUUAUUUUUUUUUAAUGAUUUAUUAUUUAAAUUAUUUAAACAAAUCUUUUUAUUGCAACCUAUAUAAUUGUGAAACGUAAACGCUAAGUGAUUAUUAUUUAUAAACGAAAAAGAAGGAAACAAACAACAAAAAAGUAACAAAACAAAGUGAAAUGAAACAAUACGCCGCAUAUAUACACAAGUAAAAACAAACACACACACACAUACAUAUAUACAAAGAAACAAAUGUGAAAAAAAGAGUAGAAAAGGAAACAAUUACGAAAGAAAGAGUAGAAAACAAAAACAACAUUAUGUAACUAGCGCGGCAUGAGCGGAAACGAAAGAGCAUUGGUAAAAUCGCAUCUUACUACUGAAACAAGCAGAAAAGUGUAAUAAUAAUCAAAACAAACAUUAAUAAAGUCAUGGAUGUUUUACAAAACAAAAAAUAUACACACCUACAAUGUAACGCUGAAACUGCGAACGAAAAUAACCAAGCAAACAAACAGCAAAAACCGUUCUAUUUACUGUUUUUAUUACCCGUCGUAGUCUGUCUUUGUAUUGUCGCAGUAAUUACGCAAAUUUGUUAUCGCUAUUGUUUCUAAAACAUACACAUACAAACACAUUUGUAUAUUUUUGCUCUGUGACAGAGAGAGAGAGUUAGUUUUGAAAUGAUGAUUUUUACACGUAAAACAUUCGAGCGUUUUUGCCCACUCGUGCGCGUACCGUUCUUGAUUGUUUUUUUCGUCAUUUUUUUUUAGCUGUAUCAGUUAAGACAUUGUGUUUUUCACUCGCACGAGUGGUUUACUACUUUUCAGUACGAAUAUAACCUAAAGCAAACAAAAUAUGAAGGAAAACAGAAGAAAAGAAAACAGAAUAAAAGGAAAGCAUACGCGAAUGAGCCGUAACACGCGGUAAGAGAUACAUCAUUAACCUAGAGAGUAAUAAUUAUUAAUGCAAGCAACCAUUAAGACAUGAAUCUAAUUCAUCGUUCUACGAGAAUCGCUAAAUGUAACACAAGUAAAACAAUACAAGUAAAGAAUACCAAAACCUAUUUCUUUCGAGAGAAGAAACAAAAAAAUAAUCGGAAAUCUUCAGACUGUUAUUGCCCACACUUUUUCAAUGUGUCUCUCCUGUCUUUUAGAAUUUACCCUCGAAUUACCUAUUAUACAAAGCUAGAAAAACGGAAAAACAAAACAAACGUAACUUAUAAUGUCUGCUUACCCCACAUCGAUAGCCGCCUCUCCGGACAGAAAAUGUGUAGGAAAAUGAAUUUUUGAUAUUUGGUCGUUCUUUUGUUUUUUACUUAGUUGGGUUCGAUCACUUUCGAUCGGCACUGUGCGCACUGAUCCGCUUCGUAAUUCGUAUUUUAAAUUCUUCGUUUAAAAUAACAUUCGAUCAAUAAGCCCUGCUGAUGAUGAAUAGUGUUGAAUUUGGUUGUUCCCUUUGUGGAAACUCUUCGAUCGACGUUGAAAUUUUUAGUUAUUUUUUUCCUAUAAGAAUGAAGUUGAUGUUUUUAGUUGGAACAUUGAUCUUGAACAGAGGUGGUAAAUUAUAAUUUAAUAGAGACGAAAAAUAGAUGGCUUCAUGUCCAAAGGAACCUCGCCUGAAGUAAAGAAUCACAUUCUGCUAAGCUAAGCAAAACGCAACAUACAAACUGAUGGAAUAAACACACACUCACAGAUAUACAACAAGUUAAUGCUUGAACACUCGUAAACGUACUAUUUAUAAGUGUGAUUAAAAGGUGAAACUAAUUUAGGGAUUCUAUUGACAAGAGAAAGGAAAAGGUGAAGAAACUAACUAACAAGUAACAAAUUCGGUACAUGAGCGAGAGGGAGGCUAUCGUUAUUGAGUAACAAACAUCCUGAUAAGCUCCCUAUAUAUUUUUUUUUAUUAACCAUCAACUUGAUCUAGUCUUCGUAACAAAAGCAAGCAAACAAGAAGAAGAAAUGAGUAAGAAGCAACAAGUAAGAAGUCGCAAAGAAACAAGAAGAAGAAAACAUUACACAACAGACCCUUCACAGCCUACAACUGCUGCUGAACAAAGCAACAAAACAUUCACGCCAAGUACACACAAAUAAAUCCAUUUCCCUCUGAUUCAUCCCCCCGAAGGAUUCCCGUUUUAUUUUCACUCUCCAAUUACAUACGCUGGAAAUCAUUCAUUAAACAAAACAAGAACGCAUCGCAAAAGGAAAAUCAUAGAACAAACACUACAUAGCAUACAUGGAGGAAACAAAAAAUAAAUAAAAAUGAAAAAAGAAAUAACUUCAAGAGACUACGGGAUCAAAAAUUGCAUGUGAAAGCCAUUGAGUGUUAACUUUUUCACACCGAUCAAAAAUUAACUAACAACAACAAAAAAGAAAAAAAAAACAAGAAAUGUGAAAGCAAACAAAAAAAUCAUUUUAAACA